AUGUUGGAAUACUUCGCUUUCAAAAAGGUGAAGAAGCACCGGGAGCAGAAGGCCGCAGAAAAAGAAAAUGGCGAUAAAGAAAAGGGAAAAGGGAAGGAAAAGGCACCAGAGAUUAUGAAAGAUGGAAAACCAUUACCAGAAGAAGCAACAGGAUUGGAUGCAACUGCUACAUCAUCGUCACCAUCUCCAAAGAUUAUCUCAAAGCCUAUCGACCAUGAUGGCGACGACAGUGAUAGCAGUUCAAUCCACGGAACUCCGAUUCUCGACCGUGAGGAUGAGAAAUUCCUCGAGCGCCUCACAUCCGACACGGGUCUCUUGCACUACGACGUCAAUGAAGACGAGACACCCCCUCCUCUCCCGCCGCGCGUCAAGACACCCGUUCUCGAUAUCGACAGUGAUUCCGACACAUCUAGCAUAGCCAGCAAAUCCAAAGAUGCCAAAGGAAAGGGAAAACAAGAAAAAUCCUCAUCACCAGAUGACCCCAAACCCAAACGCUUCACUUUCGUAACAAACCUAUCCCGCUCCUUAUCCCGCCGCCACAACAAACCCGCACCCACACCGGACCUCAAACCCGACCACCUAGCCGUCCCCUCGACGCAAGAAGCAUCCAAAGAAUCAAGCGACUUAGCCCGGGUCCUAGAUGACCUGGACCUAUCAGCGAAAAACAACCGGGCGUUCUCCCUAUCCUCCGAAUCCGCAGACAUGGCGCGCCGCUUCACGCAAGUCCUCAAGGACCUCAUCAACGGCGUGCCCACCGCCUACAACGAUCUAAUCUCGCUCCUCGACGAUCGCGACGGGGUCAUUGCAAAGACGUACGAGAAAUUACCGUCUAGCAUGAAGAAACUCGUCGCCCAACUCCCCGAGAAACUCACGGGGAGUCUAGCCCCGGAAUUACUCGCCGUAGCCGCGGAGGCGCAAGGUCUCGAACUCAAGGGGGACAGCGAAGGCGGGUUGAAAUCCGCAGCCAAGAAAUUCCUCACGCCGUCUAAUCUCCACGAUCUCGUCACGCGGCCGGGGGCACUAGUAGGGCUGUUGAAAGGCAUUGUGAACGCGCUGAAGACGAGAUUCCCUGCCUUCGUGGGGACCAAUGUCCUUUGGAGUCUCGCGGUGUUCUUGCUGCUGAGUAUGCUUUGGUAUUGCUAUAAGAGGGGCCGCGAGGUGAGGCUUGAGCGGGAGGCGAGUGAGAAGAAUGAGGCGGAAGGGGGAAAGGAUGAUGAGGUGAUUGAGGGGCGGCCGAGGGUCGAGGAGUUACCUGAUGAUCCUAUGUUGACUGCUGCUGCGCCUGCGCCUGGGACUUCUUCUGCGGCUGGUGGUACGGCUGCUCAGUAG